UUAGCUUAUCUAUGGGUAAAAUUGAUUGAGAACUAGACUUGAGGGAAUGUUGUGUGUCAGUGGAGGAUGAGACUGUGAGGGGAAGAUACACCACUCAGCUCCUCCUCUUCCUUUACAUUCCACUCUCGCUUCAGUUUCUUUACAUCAUCCCAAGAUGCCGUCGAGGUCUGAAGACAUUCUACAAGGAUUUAAAAUCAAUUGGAUGAAUCUUCGAGAUGCUGACAGCGGCAAAGUUCUCUGGCAGGGUACAGAAGACUUCACCAACCCAGAUGUUGAACAUGAGGCUCGCGUUCCCAGGAAAAUUCUCAAGUGUCGAGCAGUUUCUAGGGAAAUUUCCUUCUCUUCAGUCCACUCUAUGGAGAAGUUUAGGUUAGAGCAGAGAGUUUAUUUCAAGGAUCGCAUGCUUGAAGAAUGGUUUUUUGAAUUUGGUACAGUAAUUCCUAACUCCACAAACACUUGGCAAAGCUUGAUUGAGGCUGCUCCGGAAUCUCAAAUGAUGCCAGCCCAAGUAUUAAGUGGGAAUGUUGUAAUAGAGACAAAAUUCUUUGAUGAUGACCUGUUGGUGUCUACCUCAAAGGUUCGUCUUUUUUACAUCUGAUGCAGUGACAGCUUCAUCUCGAAUUGACAUUAGACUGUCCAGGAGUUUGGCAUCUUGUUAAAAAUAUUCAUAUCUGGUAUAUUCGUCUGUUCAUCUUGUAUAAUUCUCUUUUCUGGCAUAUCUUCAACUCUCUUCAGAUUUGAAUGUUGUUUUUAUCUUCAGAAAGUUUUGCCUUUUUUUAAUUAAUGAGAAGUAUGAACAUUUUAUCAGUCGAAUGUAUUAAUUAUAUCCAACUUAAGGUUGUAUGUAUUAGUAUAACAAUUCAAAACCUUUAUUUUAGCAAUAUGUAAUGCUAUAUUUGGUUGUUGUCUCUUACUCUGGCAUAAUACCCAGCACUACAAACACUGAAGAAAUACAGUAACACACAAGUAAAGUAAGAGACUUGGAAAUUUUUACCCUUACUAUUCACCAAAGGCAUUAUGCUCAUCUUAGUAUAGUAACUACUGUAUAAAUAUUAAUUGGUUGCAUAUUGACAACAAACCCAUUCUUAAAUUUUUUAGAUGACUGCCAUUGACAAGAACUUUAACUGUUAUGCAAUGUAAGAUAGUACAUAUUUUGUAGAGGCCAUCUACAAGGCUGAGAAAAGCUAUGACAACUAUUGUUUGAGGUGGUUUGUAGCCAGUGUUCUUUUUGGGAUGAAAGUUUCCAUUUCUUGACUGUUAAUAUAACAGUUGAAGGUUAAUGAUGAGUUAAUUUAUCAUAGUUGAAUUGUUACAUGCUUUGCAAAUUGUUUAUUAUGCAUCUACAUGUAUUCUUUACUGAUUAUUUAUGUAGUGCACCACCGUUAAUAUUACAUCAUUGUAACCAGCAGCCUUUUAAAAUAAGUAAAUUUUUAUAGUGAAAAAAAAUUUUGAGAAAAAGUUUGGUAGUACAGUACUUAUGAAAAGUUGAAGGAGUUGUUCUCUUCUAAAUUAGUAUGUUCAAACAUACAUGUAUACAUUAUGAUAAGAUAUAUAUCACCUAGGUGUCUAUACUGCUGGAAGUACCAGGAACAAGUAACACUACUGGGUAGAUACCUUAAGUAAAUCACCAAAUAGUGUGAGUUAUCCAGUUGAUAAAUCUAUCUGUUAAUCUAGUCACCCAUACUAUGCUGGUUAGUUAUAUAUAAUAUUUUACACAUUAUCACUUAAGUUUAAUACAGCUGUAUACAGUAAUACAGUAUUUUCUAAUGUUAUACCAUUGUCAUCAUCACCUAAUCUUUCAACACUUACAUCACUUUCAUCAAUUUGUCAAGCAUUUUCAUUGCUGAUGGUGUUUCAUCGUUGUUUCUUUAUUACUGUUAUGGCAGUCUUGAAUAUCAUUUUCAACAAUUUUAGAAAGAAUUUCAAUUUUUUUUAUAGCCUCAUCAUAAUUUUUCUGGAACUCUUCAAAAUCUGCAUUACUUGACUCAGCUUUCCAGGCUUUGUUAAGCAGACCAAAUUUUAUGCCAGACAUGGGCUGUUGCUACAUGAUUUUAUUCCAAAAUAUACCAAAAGUAUUUUUAUGGCACAAACUUACUUAAAACAUUCAUGUAGUUUUUUUUUUUUCAACUUGCUGGCCAUCUUCCACCGAGGCAGGGUGACGCCCAUCCCUGUUCCCCUCCCCCCCCCCCAAAAAAAAAAACUUUCACCAUCAUUCACAUUAUCACUGUCUUUGCAGAGGCGUGCAGAUACAACAGUUUAGAUGUCACUCUAAACAGCAAAUAUCCCA